CCUCUGUCGCCAACUUCUCUCUGCUGCUGCCUGAGCUCCAGUGUCGACUUCGAACCGAGCCUUGCUGUCCCGACCUUCUCACAAAAUCGGCUGCUCAGAUCUGGAAAUAUGUUUGCCAGAGUGGGUAAACAGGCCGUCGCUCUUUUGAGCAGACAGUUAGCAGCACAAGCUAGACCGAUUGUUGUGAUUCCUUGCCCUUCUCGUGGAUCAACAUCGCCUUUUUUGAGAAGGGAGGAAUUUUCAAGACGAGAGCUCUCGACAGAAGUCUUGAAAGGCACAGUUGAUGAAGAACGCAGACAACUUCUCAACCGGAUUCUUUAUCGGAGUAAGCAGCGGGGGUACCUCGAGCUUGACCUACUCCUUGGCAAAUGGGCGCAAGAAAACAUCAACAACUUAGAUGACAUACAUCUCAGAGCUCUCGUAGAAGUGCUGGAGGAGGAAAACCCUGAUUUAUUGAAGUGGUUGACUGGACAAGACCAAGCCCCAGAACAUAUUGCAAGCAACCCGGUGUUCUCGGCUAUUCACAUGAAAGUUGCAGAAAGUUUGGAGGAACAUUCAUCCGCUGAGACAAGAGCAAAACCAGGUUACCCCUGGGUUCGAGGCUGGGAUGACAAUCAAAAGAGUGGUACACCCAAAAUUGGCAACCAGUGAGGUUGCCAGUAGCAAGUACUUUGGCCUACCGGAUUGUACAUAGUAUGAGUAGUCUGUGACUGUAAUCUUGUUUGGUCUACAUAAGGAUGUCUAACGUCUGCUUGACGAUAUCUGAUAGUUCGAUUCAACGGAUGGUCCAGUGUAGAUUUCUGAUUUGCAACAUAAGUUCCACACACUAAACUCCACUUUCGAAUGCACCAAUGAAACUCGGUUUAAAAUUUCUUUUCAUUUCAGGAGCAUGUGCUCUCUUGAUAUUAUGAAAUUAGGAGAGGUAGAUCAUAAAUAGAUUUUUAGAUGCAUCACUUGCGUUCUUUGUUAUUUUCAUUGACUUCGCUGGAUUAGCAAUAGUGUGAUAUCAUUCCCAUGUACCCUCGGGUGGGUUAUGAGAAGUAAAGCUGAUUUAAAAUCAGAUUAUAGAUAUCAUUCCUCACCGCUGAUCCCUGAACCGACUCAAAACUUAACCAGUGCUCACACCACCAUUUUUAAUCAAUAUCGAACCCUCAAAGUUGGUGUCAGUGCUUGAGGAAAGACAAUUCGAAAUCUGUGUACUCUAAUCCAUAUUCUAACAAAAUAUAGGUAUUGCAUACUGAAAACUUGACCUGU